AGCAUGGCGAGCCUUCUUUUUUUUCCAUCUCGUGUAACGGUCGCCGGGCAUGCGCAGUGAGCGGCGGGAGGGUUGGGACUCAGUUGUCCCAGAGAAGGCUGAGGAGAUUUAAUCGUCUCUUCGCUUAUCCGAAUUGUGAAUUGUUGUGCUGUACCUCAGCAUCCCCCUCAAGCGGAGGGAUAUUUGCCUGCGGACCCUUCGUAUGUAUUCUAGAGGUAAAUCCAGUACAGACCAGAAGAGUGCUUCGCAAGAUAGUCUUGUAAAUUCCGUAUCUGCCUAAAAUUCCAAAUAGGUACUCUGAUCAUAGUUGAAGGAUGGCUGCCUAUGGGGACACUCUGAUUGAGACCUCCUCCUUGAACAGUACUGAUGCGUUCUGCAAUUCCAAUGACGGUUCUUCAUUUCAGCCCAUCAAAACCCAAGUGGCUAUUCCUACAGCUCACGUCAUGCCUUCCAUGCUGGAUAGGUCUUGCACAGUGGAUGAAUCAAGCACACCUCGGACCACCCUGGCUUCCUCCUUGCCGGUCUCUUCAAGUGACGCAGCAGGGCUGAGGUCCAACCAUGACCCUGAUCCUCUGAGGCACACCCAGGUGUUUGACAGGAACCCUCUUCAUCUGUAUCGGACUUCAGUGGAAAAUGAUUGUGAUCAAUUCUUGUUCCCUGCUUCUGAUCAAGCAAGUGUGGAAUGUGCUCAGAAACCCAUUAGGCUUGCUGCUGAACUCACAUUUAACCAGUCAGCAUUUAUAGAUAAGCAGUCUACUGGUCCUUGGUCCCAGCUCCAAAUGUGUAAUUCAGAUACUACCAGUGGUGGCCUAGAAAAAGACCCAUGCAAAGUACUGCUAGAUGUUAAACCAACAGCAGAAGCAAAGAGAGUCUGUGAAAAGCAGGUACCUUUGGGGCUUAAUCCUGCUACAACGUAUUCCAGCCCAACAGCUGCUCAGUCUCAGAGGUGGAAGCAGGAACCUUGCACACGACAUCAGCAUGAGAAUUGUGCACUCGGUGCCUGGCAUCAGCACUUGGACCGUGUUCGGUUACAACUGGAGCAGAUGCAGCUGCAAAAUAAAGCUACUUGCUACCACCCCAUGAUGAGCAAUGUUUCACUGCACACUCUUGAUCCAGCCCAGUGGGUCAGUAUUGUGAAUUCAAAUGAGAACCUGCUCAGGGAGAAAGAAAUCCUCAUUGACAGGCAGAGGCAGCACAUUUCCCAGCUGGAGCAGAAAGUACGAGAAAGUGAACUGCAAGUCCACAGUGCCCUCUUGAGCCAUCCUGCUGCUUAUGGAGACCUGUACUUGCUCAGAAUGCAGGAGUUGCAGCGGGAGAACAUAUUCUUACGGGCCCAGUUUACUGAAAAAACAGAAUCGCUCAGUAAAGAAAAGAUUGAAUUGGAGAGGAAACUGGCUGCUUCAGAAGCAAGUGUAAAACAGAUCCAAGAGUCCCACAAGGAGACUGUACAGAAGCAUACAGUGGAGCUGAAGAAACAAGAUGAAAGGGUAAAGGCAAGAGAUAAACACAUUGAUCAUCUGAAAAAGAAGUGCCAAAAAGAAUUUGAGCAGAACCGUGAGAAACAGCAAAGAAUUGAGACUCUGGAGCGUUAUGUUGCUGACCUUCCAAUGUUGGAAGAUCAUCGGAAGCUAAAUCAACAGUUAAAGGAAUCUCAGCAGGCAGCUACGGCUUUCCAGAAAACGGUGACUACUCUCGAGAAGGAGCUUGGCGAUGUUCGUGUCCGUUGUAGAGAGAAGGAGCUGCAGCUAGAAAUGCAGAAACACAAAGAAAUGGAGCUGCUUUCUACUGUGCGUAGUUUACAAGAUAAAAUGCAGCGUGGGAAGAAUUCAGCAGCAGAAAACCAUGACCAGGAGGUGGAGAGACAGAAACGAGAAAAGGAUUCUCUGCAAAAAGAGCGUGAUCUCCUCAGGAAGAUUGUGGAUAAUCAGAAGAAGAAGUUGGAUCAGUUAUCUUCAGAAGUAAAGAAUCUAGAGGAUCAGAUUGUUCAGGAGGACGACACAGCUCAAGCUCUCAAAGCAGAAGCAAUGAGGCAGGAGAGUGCACUGCAGCAGCUGCGCAUAGCUGUGAAAGAGCUGUCUGUUCAAAACCAGGAACUAAUGGAAAAGAACCUGACUCUUCAUGAGCAGCUCCGGCAGACAGAGCCGGGUCAGCUACUGUCUGAUGAAACAGCCCACCUUACUCAAGACCUGCAUAGAGAGCUAACUAGCUGCCUGCAGGACUUACAAUCUGUCUAUAGUGUUGUCACACAAAGGGCACAAGGAAAGGAUCCCAACUUGUCCUUACUGUUAGGGAUUUGCACUGUGCACUGCUCAGUUAAAGAAAAGGAUGACUUACUGCAACCAGGAAUGAUAGCAAAGAAGUUGGAGGAUGUUAAACAUUUGCGCAAAGAGAUUGAGGAUUUGCGGACUGCUAUUUCUGACAGAUAUGCACAGGAUAUGGGGGAUAACUGUAUCACGCAAUGAAGGCAAAAGAUGGGACUUGAGGACUAAGAUUUCAGAUCAACAAAAGCUGCUAUAGGGUGUGGGAUUUUCCAAAGCUCCUUUAAGAUAUUAAUUCUAUUGUGAUGCCAAGUGGAGCAUGUUUCCCACACUAAGGAAUCAAAGUAUUUCUUUUGCCAGGAAGGAACUUUGAGGGAAAUCUAUAUAGCCUUCUGUUUGUGAUUGCUUUAUCAGUUAAGACUCCAGGCAAGCUACCAAAUAGUUGGGCCUUCUGGGUACAGCACUUAAUAUAAUUGCUAUUCUAGGGCUAGUUCACACUGGUAGCUAUGAGAUUUCAGACUCACUGGAGUCUGCAAUCUCAUCGGGAAGCACGUGGGCCAAGUGGUACAGGGUUACAGGCAACAGCCAUUUCUUGUGAUUUUUGUAACAGCACAUUUUCUAGAUUCCACAAGCAUGGGAAUUGCUGUGACUGUACCUGUGUACUGCAUAGUUCAUGCAAGGAAAUAUUAGUACAGUUGUGGAUAUGUACCUGGCUGAUAGGGACUCCAUCAGCAUGUAUGUAGAAAAACCUUAAUUGGCUUGGAUAAAGAUGUUCUGAAAGAAGUUUGAAAAAUGAAGAAAUACCUGUAUUGGCAGUGCUCCAUUACUGGGUAGUUUUGUCUAAAAUUCUUCAGUAUUCUGAAUUGUUCUGGUUUAGAAAGGAACCAAAAGUAAUCGUGAAUACAAUGUUGGAGUUCUAAAAUGCGUUAAUGCAUUUACCCUCAAAAGCCUUCUAAGUACAGCGUCUUCCAAGAAGUCUAGUCUUAGAAGCCUAUGCUUGUUCUUCAGGUGACUUGACUUUAGGUGGUGGAACCUGCCUCAGUAAAAUGGACUUUGACAGUGCCCACAUUAACAGGGGUUAAAAUUUUCCCAUGCAAGCACACCUUUUAAACUACAUUUUUUAUAUGUCCUUUAUGCAAAUACUUCAUGUUCUGGCAUGUGGAUUUUCACACUUAGUGCCUUUAUUCCUUCUUGAAAUAAACUGUCUGAGAAGGGAUCAGCUGCAUUCUCAAAGAUGUGUGCCUUGUAUUGCAGCACUUGGUUGAUACCUCAGCUCCCCUACCCCUUCGAGUGGCUCAUGGGACUCUUUCAUCCAUUACAUGGCUCUGACUUGGACUAAAAUAUUGAAUUCCAUGAGAUAGUAAUGUAAAAAGAGUUCACUGGUCAGUCAUUAUGACUAAGCUGAUCUAUUUAUCUUUUUUCUCAAGUUACAGAAUGUAAGUGGGGGAAGUUUUAUGAAUGUCCCUUAUGUUAAAAAAAACACACACCAUACCUCCUGAUCAGAAUAUUAACAUAUUGGCAAGAAAACUUAGGGACCUUUCUUUACCCAGAUUUGGAACAUUCCAAUACGGGAGAAUUUAAUCAUGCAUGUACUUGCUCUAAGGUUCAUGAAGACACAUGCAAUUACCAAAUACGGCAAGCAGUUGGCUGCAAGCUUGACAAAGAGCAUUUGUUGCCUGUAUCACUCCGUCUUGCCACUUUUCUCUGGAUAAAGUUGCAAAGCUACUUUUUAAAAAAAGAAUGUCUCAACAUGCAAUUUUGUGAGUAACAGCCCACUGAAGUUCCUUGCUAUGCAUGUUUCCUUAAAGCACUUCCCACCUGAGCUAAAGUGGUGGGUUAUGUAUCUGAAUCUAUUUGAAGUGUAUUGAAUUAGUCAUGAAGAACUCCUGAAUAAAUGAGUAAUAAAGAUGCAUGAGAGAGAAA